GGCGCGCGCCUGCGCGGCGUUGGGGUCAAUUUGGCAGUGGGGAGCGGGGGACGCGCGAAUCGGAGGUGUGAGGCGCGCGCGGGCUGGCCCGAGGCCGGGCCGGGGGCCUUCGCCAUGCCGGGGAUGGUGCUCUUCGGCCGGCGCUGGGCCAUCGCCAGCGACGACUUGGUCUUCCCAGGACUCUUGGAGCUGUUCGUGCGAGUGCUGUGGUGGAUUGGCAUUCUGACUUUGUAUCUCAGGUACAGAGAGAAGCUGGACUGUGCUCGUGGAGCUCUGCUCAGCAGUUACCUGGUUGUGCUUAUCAUUCUCCUGGCAGUUAUAAUAUGUACUGUGUCAGCCAUUGUGUGUGUCAGCAUGAAAGGAACCAUUUGUAACCCUGGACCACGGAAGUCUAUGUCUAAGCUGCUUUACAUCCGCCUAGCGCUCUUUCUGCCAGAGAUGGUCUGGGCAUCUCUGGGGGCCGUCUGGGCAGCAGACAGCGCCCAGUGUGACAGGAUAGUUGUGAACGGCAUCAUUGCAACCGUCGUUGUCAGUUGGGUCAUCAUCGCCUCCACAGUGGUGACCAUCAUCAUUGUCUUUGACCCACUGGGGGGAAAGGUGGCUCCAUAUCCCUCAGCCGGUCCCAGUCACCUGGACAGUCGUGAUUCAAGCCAGUUAUUUAAUGGCCUCAAGAUGGCAGCUACAAGCGUGUGGGAAACCAGAAUCAAGUUCCUGUGCUGUUGUGUUGGGAAAGAUGACCAUACUCGAGUGGCUUUUUCGAGUACGGCAGAGCUUUUCUCAACCUACUUUUCAGACACAGAUCUGGUGCCCAGCGACAUCGCGGCAGGCCUCACGCUGCUCCACCAGCAGCAGGACAGCAUCAGGACCAACCAGGGGCCUCCUGAGGGGGUCAGCCGCUCCCCAGGGCCCUCGCAGGAUGAUUUGGAUGCAGAAUUAGAAAAUUGCCACCAUUACAUGCAGUUUGCGGCAGCUGCUUACGGGUGGCCUCUUUACAUUUACAGAAACCCAUUUACAGGGCUGUGCAAGAUUGGCGGAGACUGUUGCAGAAGCAGAACAACAGAAUAUGACUUGGUUGGAGGGGAUCAGCUCAACUGUCAUUUUGGCUCCAUCCUGCAAACAACUGGCCUGCAGUACAGGGAUUUCAUCCACAUAAGCUUCCAUGACAAGGUGUAUGAGCUUCCCUUUUUAGUGGCUCUGGAUCAUAGGCAGGAAUCCGUGGUGGUCGCUGUGAGGGGGACCAUGUCACUCCAGGACAUCCUCACUGAUCUGUCAGCGGAGAGCGAGACCCUCGACGUAGAGUGUGAGGUGCAAGACUGUUUGGCACACAAGGGGAUUUCUCAAGCUGCCAGAUACAUUUACCGACGACUUGUCAAUGAUGGGAUUUUGAGCCAGGCAUUCAGCAUUGCUCCUGAAUACCGGCUGGUCAUCGUGGGACACAGCCUGGGGGCAGGAGCGGCGGCACUCUUGGCCAUCAUGCUCAGAAGCGCUCACCCCCAGGUCAGGUGCUACGCCUUCUCACCCCCCCGAGGGCUGCUGAGCAAAUCCCUUCAUGAAUACUCUAAAAACUUCAUCGUUUCACUUGUCCUUGGGAAGGAUGUGAUUCCCAGGCUAAGUGUGACAAACCUGGAAGACCUGAAGAAGAGAAUCUUGCAAGUCAUCGCCCACUGUAAUAAGCCUAAGUACAAGAUCUUACUGCAAGGGUGUUGGUAUGAACUGUUUGGAGGGGACCCCGAUAAUUGUCCAACAGAGCUGGAUGGGGGUAACCGGUGCGACCUGACGCAACCUCUCCUUGGGGAGCAGAGCCUGCUGGCCCACAGGUCCCCAGCACACAGUUUCUCCAGUGACUCACCCCUGGGCUCCCCCGCCAAGUACCCCCCUUUAUACCCUCCCGGCAGGAUCAUCCACCUGGAGGAAGAGGGUGCCUCAGGAAGGUUUUGUUGUUCUGCUGCUCAGUAUCGGGCGAAGUGGUCCCAUGAAUCAGAAUUCAGCAAGAUACUCAUAGGCCCGAAGAUGCUGACAGACCACAUGCCUGACAUCCUGAUGAGAGCCUUGGACAGUGUGGUCUCAGACAGAGUGGCCUGUGCUUCUUGCCCAGCCCAGGGGGGCACCAACGUGGAGACAGUGUAGCCACGGCUGCUGGACACACUCCAGAGCAGCGGACACCUGCUUUUGUUCUGAAACUGACUGACUGGGUGGUUCCAACUCUGCUGAUACAUCAGUAGGAAUCUGAUGGUUACUGAAUUCAUUGAUCCUCUGGAAGGAUAAUUUAUGGGACAUAAUUUGGAUCAUAGUAUUAGCAGAGUCAGGUGUCAGGAUAGUGGGACUCUGCUGACAGAAUGAGUAUCCGGAGCCUUGGGAAGCCCUGCCCCCCUGACUUGCAGUCGGAGAACUGCCCCAGGGAUUGUGGGACCCCAAAAGCUCCCACCCCUAGAGCAACCCCUUUCACCUACAGACAAGUCUGACUUGGCUUAAGGUAUGCAGUUUCUUUUUCAAACUGGGUUUUCCUGGCUACACAAACAUUACCCCAUUAUGAGGGCACAGAAGCCAGCCAGAGAUGGCAGGUGGGGAGUGAGUGUGGGGGCCCCAGGGCUGUGCUCCCCCAUCUAACUGUUCCACCUGUGAGUUUAAUUCUAGUGUAAUAGUCUUGACUCUUUGAGGUUGGCCAGUGGAGUCAGAGGGAUUUAAAAAAAUAAAGCACUUACACACAUCGCUA